GUCAAAUUCCCUCUCAAAAUCUUACUCAACAUCUCACACCCUCUCCUCUCCCUUUCUUAUUAAUAAUCAGCAAUACAGUCAUCGGGGGAAGUUCCUUCCAGCGAGUAUGAAACCCAAGAUCAAAAAACAUUCCGAGAUGAAAAUUGUGGGUGUCAAACGUGGAGCGAAAAGGUGAUCAAGCUUUUUCGCUAGCCGCCCAUGCAUAUCCUCCCUAGUCUCCCUGACUCUCCGAAUCUCCCUACUUUUGGUAUAUCCUGUUAUAUGAACAAUAUGGGUACGAAAAUAUAUCCUUCAAGAUCCUUUAACAAUUGUUUAAAAACAUUCAAAAAUUCAUGAAUCACGUUCUGCAAUUCACCUUAUGGUAAUUGUAACCAGCAUACAGUUUGCCGAAGGGUCUUUGCCCGGCGCAAUAGAUCCUGCGCGCUAUUUAUUACUUGAAUAUGGCUUUGAAAGAAGUCGAUAAUUCCGUUCUACUUUUUCCGGAUGAAGAAUGGAAUAACAUGGCCACAAAUGAUCAGCUCACGAGCGUCAUUAAUCAGUUGAAUCCAAACAUAUCUUAUGCAGAGACCAUUACCGAUAACCUACAGACAUUAUCAACUCACAAUGCAGAUGCGAGCGGUGCAAUAGGUGGCUUUCUUUACGUGCCAGAUCUGGAUGAUCAACACACAUGCUACAACAUUUCAAAACAAUAUGUUCCUUCAAAUGCUACUCGACAAGCCAAUCUCCCAGCAACGGAUUUCACAUUGAUUGCGCUAGCACCUUGGAUCAGCACAGAAUGUACAAAGGGCUAUUUAGCUGCAGCGCGACAAGACCCAAUACGAGCUUUCAUCUUCUAUCCACCAGAUAAUAGUACAAGUCGACCACCACCAAUCAGCUCGGAUCAGUGGGCACUUGCAGACGGCGGAACAUGGAAGUCCACAAACAAAUAUCCAGUAUACGCUGUUGCUGGAAGUGUUGGACAGAGGAUGAUGCGCGAAAUAAGUCUAUAUUCUGGCAAUCUUACAGACGUACCAAACGGUCAUGAACUAUCCACAUUCCCAGGCAUUGACCCUCGAGAUUAUGUACGAGUGUAUACGCAGCUUCGCGUGACUCAUGGCACAAAUCUCCCCAAGUUGUGGGAAUUUUUGUUGAUUAUUGUUGCUGUACUGGCCUUUAUGCUCGCAAUCACUUCCGGCUCUAUGCAUUAUCUCCAGAGAAGUCGAAGGCGGGCUUUAACAAGACGAGUGGAAAUCGGGGAGGUAGACUUGGAGGCACUGGGUAUCAAGCGACUCACCGUUCCACAAGAGAUCAUCGAUCAGAUGCCUAUAUUUACAUAUCGUUUUGUUGGACAGACCCCUUUGGUGCAUCAACGUUCAAGUACAGCCGAGGGGAUCCAUGCCGAUAAAAGCGUCUCCGCGGAGACAAAUGAGAUCUCAUUUUGCGAUGACUCGGCAUCCAAGGCGUUAUCACCAAUUUUUAUCAUACCCAAUUUGGGAAUUUCUCCACUUUCCAUCUCAGAUCUGGGAGAACGAGCUGUGGUAUUCUCCCAACCUACAUGUCCUGUUUGUUUAGACGACUUCGAAAGUGGAACUACAUUGAUUCGGGAGUUGCCGUGUGGUCAUAUAUUUCAUCCGGAAUGUAUCGAUCCUUUUCUUGGCAAUAAUAGUUCAUUAUGUCCUAUGUGCAAAAAGAGUGUCUUGCCUGUCGGACAAUGCCCAAUAGAGAUCACCAACGCAAUGGUCAACAGAGAAAGGAAUAUGCGAAGAUUGAGGUCUCGUAUCACUAUAGCAGAGGAUAACCAUGAUAUUCAGGCUGGUGAUCCAAGGUUUCUUCCCCGAAUCUUAGGCGCUAGUUUCAACAAGCGAAUAUUUAAUACUUCGACGGUCCAAACAAAUAACGUACAAAUGACAGUUGCAUCACCGAUCGCAACGGGACCGCCAUUGAUGGCAAGUGCAAUACACCCUCAAUCACAGGUCAAUAGCGUACUAGGGGUUGAGGUGUUACAAAACGGCCUUUCCCGACGAGAGAGAGCCCAACAACGAAUUCAAGAACUUGCAGCACAAGAGCCUUCGAUAGAAGGCCCGGACUUGGUCCAAACGAGGCAUCGAUCACUCUUCCGUCGCGCAUUAUCCAAAACUUUCCCCGGCUAUUCUUAGGGGUCCAACUGUAAAUAUUAAUGACUUGAUGAGCAUUUCAGCGUGGCAAAGUUGUUCUUGUCAAUGUCUGGAGUUUUAUACCAUGUAUACGCUGUGCGUUUGAAGGGCAAAAGGGAUCAAGGGCUGGUUAGGAAUUGGUGUUUUGGGAGAAAUAUUGGCAAUGGACCAAUCAUUCGGAACUCGUUUGAAAUAUUGGCGUAUUAUAGGGAAAGCUGUUGAACCAGUCACAGCAGGCAGAGUCUCCAGAAGAAGCAUUUCUUUUUCUUUUGAGAUGUACAAUGGAUUGGUCGGAAAAGAAACGUUGUAAGGGAUACUACUAAGUAGAUACGACAAUUCAAACUUCGUGGUGCAAUGCAUGUACUUUGUACAACCGACAGCGCAGUUCUGUGGUACGUCGAUGAUGUGAAUGAAUCG